AUGAGAGGUUUGGUGGGGGUCCGGCCCAAGGACCAACCAGCGCCAAAUGAAUUGUGUAAGGACAUUUUUCAGUUCGACCCGUUCGCCUACCUGGAGAGUUUUUACAAAACUGCCUCCGAAGACACUGCCAUGCGGAUAGUGUUGUUCUUCCUACCGGGGAUUCUCUAUAGACUACCAACGAAAGUGAAGACAGUUCUGGAUCUGGGUGCAGGACCUACUAUCUAUGUUCCGGUUGCACUUCGAAACAAAGCGCUCCAGAUAUUCACAUCUGACUACGCUCAAGUUAACAGAGACGUUUUGCAGAGUUGGGUAGAGGACAGGUCCACAUUUGAUUGGUCAGACGUGUGCGGUUUAAUAUCAAGUAUUGAAUCCUUGGACGAGCCACCAGCUGCGAUGCAAGAAAAAGCCAGGAACAAAGUGAUGGCAGUUCUAGAGGUGAACGUCCAUGAGAUGCCGGUUGUUCGCAGCGUACAUUGGCAACGAAAGAGCAGUGAAAUACCGAAUAAAUUCGAGCUGGUAUCCACGGUGUUUUGUCUGGAAUAUUCAUGCGAGACGACUGAUGAAUACAACAGGGCCGUGCGCGGUGCUUGCAGCCUCAUCGAAGAUGGCGGAUACUUGAUCCAAGGCGGUGUGUUGGAUGCCACAUCCUAUAGUUUUGGUGGCAAGACCUUCAAAUGUCAUCGUUUAAAUAGAAGCCAUAUAGAGGAGGCACUGAAGGCCAACGGAAUGACCACCAAAUCCGACGACGGAUUUAAAUUCAUAGCCCACGACGACGUCUUCAUUUUGAUUUCGCGAAAGACCAUGUUAUAA